AUGCAGAACUUUGGCGAAGACAUCGCUGCAACAGAAAUGGAAAAAAAAGAAAUUCUUAGAGAAUUUCGUAGAGAAAUUCUAGAGAAAUUCGUAGAGAAAUUCGUAGAGAAAUUCGUAGAGAAAUUCGUAGAGAAAUUUGUAGAAAAAUUCGUAGAGAAAUUCGUAGAGCAAUUAGUAGAGAAAUUCGUAGAGAUAUUAGUAGAGAAGUUCGUAGAGAAAUUAGUAGAGAAGUUUGUAGAGAAAUUAGUAGAUAAAUUCAUAGAUAAAUUAGUAGAUAAAUUCAUAGAUAAAUUCAUAGAUAAAUUCAUAGAUAAAUUCAUAGAUAAAUUCAUAGAUAAAUUCAUAGAUAAAUUCAUAGAUAAAUUCAUAGAUAAAUUCAUAGAUAAAUUCAUAGAUAAAUUCAUAGAUAAAUUCAUAGAUAAAUUCAUAGAUAAAUUCAUAGAUAAAUUCAUAGAUAAAUUCAUAGAUAAAUUCAUAGAUAAAUUCAUAGAUAAAUUCAUAGAUAAAUUCAUAGAUAAAUUCAUAGAUAAAUUCAUAGAUAAAUUCAUAGAUAAAUUCAUAGAUAAAUUCAUAGAUAAAUUCAUAGAUAAAUUUAUAGAUAAAUUCAUAGAUAAAUUCAUAGAUAAAUUCAUAGAUAAAUUCAUAGAUAAAUUCAUAGAUAAAUUCAUAGAUAAAUUCAUAGAUAAAUUCAUAGAUAAAUUCAUAGAUAAAUUCAUAGAUAAAUUCAUAGAUAAAUUCAUAGAUAAAUUCAUAGAUAAAUUCAUAGAUAAAUUCAUAGAUAAAUUCAUAGAUAAAUUCAUAGAUAAAUUCAUAGAUAAAUUCAUAGAUAAAUUCAUAGAUAAAUUCAUAGAUAAAUUCAUAGAUAAAUUCAUAGAUAAAUUCAUAGAUAAAUUCAUAGAUAAAUUCAUAGAUAAAUUCAUAGAUAAAUUCAUAGAUAAAUUCAUAGAUAAAUUCAUAGAUAAAUUCAUAGAUAAAUUCAUAGAUAAAUUCAUAGAUAAAUUCAUAGAUAAAUUCAUAGAUAAAUUCAUAGAUAAAUUCAUAGAUAAAUUCAUAGAUAAAUUCAUAGAUAAAUUCAUAGAUAAAUUCAUAGAUAAAUAG